GGGGGGGCGGCCGGGGGGGGAGGGGCACAGCGAUCGGCACGCGCGGCCAUGGCGGUCUUGGGCUACUGGGACAUCCGCGGCCUCGCCCACGCCAUCCGCCUGCUCCUGGAGUACACCGAGACCCCCUACGAGGACAAGCUCUACAGCUGCGGGGAAGCUCCCGACUACGACAAGAGCCAAUGGAUCAACGAGAAGGAGAAGCUGGGGCUGGAUUUCCCCAACCUCCCUUACUUCAUUGACGGCAGCACCAAGCUGACGCAGAGCAACGCCAUCAUGCGCUACAUCGCCCGCAAGCACAAGAUGUGUGGUGAGACGGAGGAGGAGAUCCUCCGCGUGGACAUGCUGGAGAACCAGAUCAUGGAUUUCCGCAUGAGCCUGGUGAUGGUCUGCUACAACCCCGACUUCGAGAAGCUCAAGCCGGGCUACCUGGAGCAGCUCCCGGGGAAGCUGAAGCUCUUCUCCAACUUCUUGGGGGACAGAAAAUGGUUUGCUGGGGAGAAGCUCACCUUCGUGGACUUCCUGAUGUUCGACGUGCUGGAGCAGAACCGCAUCUUCGAGCCCAAGUGCCUGGAGCCCUUCAAGAACCUCAAGGACUUCAUGGACCGCUUUGGGGCCCUGGAGAAGGUGGCUGCCUACAUGAAGUCCAGCCGCUUCCUGAAGAUGCCCAUCAACAACAAGAUGGCCAAGUGGGGAAACAAGAAGGAGUAGGGGCCCAGCAUGGGGCGAGGGAAGCUGCGGGGUGGGGUCCUGACCUGACCCCCCCAGCACCCUCCGUUGUGGGGUGGGUGGGUGCCGCUGGCGUGAAGCCCCCCAACACAAUAAAGUGCUUUAGAUGUGGCA